UCCCUUGAAGAGCUCCGGGUUCGGACAUCCGCGCCGCUUGCGCUUUCUUUCCCUUGUGUGCACGGUGCCAGCUUCCCUGGGCCCUAAACUCAAACAGUCCGGAUAGGUAUCCAGCAAUAAGGGGUUCGCUUUUAUUGCAAUAAGUACCUGCUUUGGCUGCAAACACACUCGCACGCUCUCCAUUAUGUUGACUUUAUUGUUUUUCGCAUUUCUCGCCGGAGUUGCUCGGGCUAGCGAUGUGCUCGAGUUCACGGAUGACGAUUUUGAGAGCAGAAUUGGAGACCACGACUUAAUCCUCGUUGAAUUCUUUGCACCCUGGUGUGGCCACUGUAAAAAACUUGCCCCAGAGUAUGAGGCAGCUGCUACUCGCCUGAAGGGCACUGUCCCACUUGCUAAGGUGGACUGCACUGCCAAUUCCAAUGUGUGCAGCAAGUAUGGUGUGAGUGGCUACCCAACUCUGAAGAUUUUCAGAGAUGGAGAGGAGUCUGGGGCUUAUGAUGGUCCAAGAACUGCAGAUGGCAUUGUCAGUCACCUAAAAAAGCAAGCGGGCCCAGCUUCUGUGGAGCUCAAAACUGUAGAAGACUUAGAGAAAUUCAUUGGAGAUCGUGAUGCCAGUGUUGUGGGAUUCUUUGCUGAUGGUGGAAGCGCUGCACAAAGUGAGUUCCUGAAGUCAGCCAGUGCCCUGAGAGAGUCGUACCGUUUUGCUCACACUAACUUGGAAGACCUUCUGAAGAAAUACGACAUUGAGGGAGAGGGUGUUGUUUUGUUCCGGCCUCCUCGCCUUAAUAACAAAUUUGAAGAGAGCAGCGUUAAGUUUGGUGAAGAGAAAUUCACCAGUGCCAAGAUCAAGAGGUUCAUUCAGGACAACAUUUUUGGAAUUUGCCCUCACAUGACUGAUGACAACAAAGACCAGCUGAAAGGCAAAGAUCUGCUGGUGGCCUAUUAUGAUGUGGACUAUGAAAAGAACCCCAAGGGCUCCAACUACUGGAGGAACAGGGUCAUGAAGGUGGCCAAGAGUUUCCUGGACCAGGGAAAGACACUGAGCUUUGCUGUGGCCAAUAGGAACUCCUUCAGCCAUGAUGUGUCCGAACUGGGCUUAGAUGCCAGCCAUGGAGAGCUUCCUGUCGUUGGCAUCCGAACUGCCAAGGGAGACAAAUACGUCAUGCAGGAGGAGUUCUCUCGUGAUGGGAAGGCCCUGGAAAGGUUCCUGCAGGAUUACUUUGAUGGAAAACUGAAGCGUUACCUGAAGUCCGAGCCCAUUCCUGAGAGCAAUGACGGCCCAGUCAAAGUUGUUGUUGCUGAGAAUUUUGAUUCCAUUGUGAAUGAUGAGAGCAAGGAUGUGCUCAUUGAGUUCUAUGCCCCCUGGUGUGGACACUGCAAAAGCCUGGAGCCAAAAUACAAAGAACUGGGUGAGAAGCUCGCCAGUGAUCCAAACGUCGUCAUUGCCAAGAUGGAUGCCACAGCUAAUGAUGUCCCUUCUCCAUACGAUGUUAGAGGGUUCCCCACCAUCUAUUUCUCUCCAGCUGGGCAGAAGCAGAGUCCAAAGAGAUACGAGGGAGGCCGUGAAGUCAGCGACUUUAUUUCCUACCUGAAGAAAGAGGCAACUAACGAACUGGUGGUAAAGGAAGAAGACAAGAAGAAGAAGUCAAAGAGCAAGAAGUCAGAGUUAUAAGACAA